UGGGGCAUUGCCCUUCUGGGCCCACCAUGAUACUUAUCAUAACUUUCAUUUGCUGCGAAAACUUCCUGGUACAGCGAACCAAAAGGAAACUAAACAUCUACAACCUACAGGAGGAUCUUGUUCACAUGGCUAUGAACAUAUAUAACACCCAGGAGAAGGCACUUGUUUCUCAAGGUAAAACUCACUCAUUACAGGGAGGUAUGAUGGAAGAAGAAAAAGAGUUGGACAAAAAAACAAACAUCUUAAAGAAGAGUGUGCAGGAAACAGAACAGGACAUUCAGGUUUUGGAAGAUCUGCAGUACGAGUAUGACUCCAAGAGAAAGCCUUCAGAGGGUCAAAUCGAGUCUCAAACAAUGUGUCAUACAACAAAAGAGAGUCAACAUGAGGAAAUUGCCACUGGACAAAUGUUUACUGACCUACACAUAAAAAGAGAGAUGGUGAUGAAAGAAACUGCUUAUGCACUGACUCUAGCCGAGCAGAUCCAGCUCACACUCAUAUCAGAAGAGUUACCUGAGUGGAAGAAGAGACAGCAGAUGGCUUGCAUCGGCGGGCCACACAACACUUGUCUGAAGCAGCUGCAGAGCUGGUUCUCGGUUUUGGCAGAGUGUCUUCAACAGAUACGUCAGCAGCUGAAGAAAGUUCAUGAAUUGGUGCAGAAAUUCACCUACAACAACGACCCCCUCACACUGGGCAAGAGCCAGCUAGAUGACCAGGCCCUUGCACUCUUCAAAAACCUUGUAUUAAAUUCUCUUGUGGUGGAGGGACAGCCUUUUAUGCCAUUGUAUCGCCGGAGACCCUUGGUGAUAAGAAAAGGAGUUCAGUUCUGUGUAAAGAUCAGACUACUAGUCAAACUCCCUGAACUGAACUCUCAACCCAAGGUCAAAAUUUCUAUUGACAAAGGUUUUUCUGAGAUGGAUAAAGUGAAAGGAUGUACAAAAUUCUUUCUCUUAGGUACUGUUAACAAAGUUAUGACCUUGGAUGAAUCUAGUGGAUGUCUAGCUGCUGAUUUCCGUCAUCUGACUGCAAGGGAGAUGAGACCUAGCAACAGAAGUAAAGAGUUUUCACUCAAUAUGUUUGAGGAGCUGCACUUAAUCACCUGUGACACGCAGCUCAUUCUGCCUGAACUAUGCAUUGAUUUAUCGAUCACAUGUCUUCCUGUGGUGAUGUUGGUCAGAGGUUGGCAGCUGAGUGCCUGGGGCUCCAUCUUAUGGUACAACAUGCUCUGCAGUGAACCCCACAAUCUGUUGUUCUUCUUGAAUCCUCCACCUGUGAAAUGGGGGCAGCUUUCGAAGGUCUUAAGCUGGCAGUUUUCUUCUGCCACUAAACGAGCGCUGAACUCUGAGCAGCUGAGAACGCUGGCCGAUAAAGUUCUUGGUCGAGAAGCCCAAGGUAACCCGGAAGGACUCAUCCAUUGGAAUACAUUUUAUAAAGUGUCUGCCGAGUCUGGUGAUUCAUUCUGGCAGUGGAUAUACGAACAUCUGGACCUUACUGAAAAAUAUGUGUCCAACAUUUGGAAUGAUGGGUACAUUAUGGGGUUUUUGAGUAAGGAGAGUGAGAAGGCUUUAUUGAGUGAAAAACUCCCUGGCACUUUCCUUCUGCGCUUCAGUGAAAACUCUCGAUGUGGAGGAAUCAUCAUCACAUGGGUGGACCGUUCAAAGGAUGGUGGGGAACCUGUGGUGCAUUCAACAAACUCUUACACUAGAAGAGAUCUGAACAACAUCUCUUUACCGAACAUCAUCCGUGACUAUACCGUCACUGAUGGAGAGAAGGAUCCAGUGAAUCCUCUCGUCUACCUUUACCCAGACAUCCCACGAGACGUUGCCUUUGGUCGCUACUAUACCAGUGCAUCUGACAAUGUAGGAGGGAUAAAUGAAGACCAAAUCCAGGAUGGUACAACAGCAUGUCAAUGAAGACCACGGGUUGGAUGUGAUUGAACUUGAGCUGUCAGACUCUAGAGGAUUUAAGUUUUGAAAUGAGAAUGAGGGUAGAAAUGCAAAUGUGUUUGAUUCCCAGAUAACUUAUAAAAAUGUAUACUGGUAGUGUUGCUCAUGGUUAGUAUUAUAUUUUUAUGUAUAACUCAUCCUACACUGUUUCACUUUGAACAUGAUUUGUGCUGAUAGUUGAGAUUUUAGUGUCAUUACUUUUGAGUUUUGUUCCAGUCAGAAUUUCAGUGUUUUGUCCAUUGCAUGUAUAAUCUAUAAGUAAAAUUACACCCUUUUAAUUACUAA